GUAGAGACCAGACAGUUACACGUGAGUCACCGGCGUGUAAGGUUAUACGCUGGCUGAGUGGUGGAAGUUCUUGAGAGACGAUCCUUUAAAUCAGACUCUUAAUACAUAACAGUGAAUGAUCGUGACUUAAGGAAACAAAAAACAUACAAGUUGCUCUAUUCUGGAAGAUAUUCCUCGCAGAAACUCCAUGAUAAAAUAGGAUUUAGUGGAAAGAGUGGACACCCGCAAGUGUGGUCGCGUAUCAGACGGCGCGAGUCAGUCUUGUUUACGGGUGGAGGAAGUUCGUGGAGGGAGUUCCCCCGUUGGAAGCCGCCAAAGAUAAGAUUAUCGCUGUCUCUCGGCAAGGAUCUCCAACCGGCCUGUCAUGGGCAACGUGCGGGCGGGCGUGGGCGUCGCGGCAGUGAUCCUGUGGGCGGCAGUGGGCGUGCAGGGUCAUGGCAGACUGAUUGAACCGCCAUCCAGAUCUUCUGCUUGGAGAUACGGAUUCAACACGCCGCCCAACUACAACGACCACGAGAUCUACUGCGGCGGGUAUGCGAGGCAGUGGGGGCAGAACAACGGCAAGUGCGGGCCGUGCGGGGACCCCUGGGACGCGCCGCAGCCUCGUGAUAAUGAAGGGGGCGGCAAGUAUGGAAGAGGAGUAAUCGUAAAGAAAUACAAGCACAGCAGCAUUGUGAACCUUGGAGUCCAGCUCACAGCCAACCACAUGGGAUACUUCGAGUUCCGCUUGUGUCCCCACAAUCAGCCCAACAAGCCCGUAACAAAUGAGUGCUUGGAUCAGAAUGUUUUGCAGAAGGCUGAUGGGUUAGGCACACGGUAUUAUCCUGGUCCAGGUGCCAAGACCUUCUAUUCAAGAUACCGCCUUCCGCUUGGACUAACUUGCAAGCAAUGUGUUCUGCAGUGGCGUUAUGUAGCUGGCAACAACUGGGGUAAAUGUGAGAAUGGCACAGGAAUGGUUGGCUGUGGACCUCAGGAACAGUUCCGGUCUUGUUCAGAUAUCACCAUCACAGAAGAAGAUGGAUAUGCUGAUGAAACACCUAGUUAUGUACCAGACUAUGAUGAUUACAAUGAAGUUGACACAGAGACUCAGGAAGGAUUACCCAAAGUACCUGGAGACACUGCCAACCAUGUGGGACACAUUGUGGCACUCACCCUAUCCUUCCUGUUGGUUGUGCUGGUCUUGUUUGGUCUCGUUGUAUACUUCUACUGGGCUCGUGAUGCUUUCAAAGGCUUCAUGAAGAGCCAGGCAGGGAGAUGGUCAAAGACUCCUCCACCUGUACCAACCUCCACUCCUCAAAAGAGCUCUAUUAUUACAAUUUCUGGACCUAUAGGAGCACCUCCACCAGUUCCUCCCCGCCGUCAGCGAACCAUAUCAGGUGGAGAACCUGCUUUAAAUUCUGAUCAAAGGGAGAUACGAUCAAUCAGUGCUCCCACUAGGGUAACUAUCAAUGGCAUUGCUGUACGUCCUAGUGGUGCUGAUAAUGGCAUUUCACAAGCUCGACUUCAUGUUCCAGAUGAUUGAGCAAUGUAAUAUGUAACCACUGUAAUAUUAAUACAAUGAUUAUUUGAAGUUUCUUUGGGAUGUAAAACUUUUUUUUAGUGUUACCAUUCCCAUGUAAAAUUACAUUCGUCUCUGUAGUGAAGUUUACUUGAAUAUGUAUAGCAUGAACUUCUAAGCAUUCUUAGUGUAGCUGGCCAGUUCUUAGUUAUAUUUAUAACUACAACCAGUGCUUUGUGUCUGAUACAAGUGAUACUGUUGACUUUUGAAAAUGUGGAAUAUUAAUAAUAUAAUGAUAAUAUAUAUAUAUGUUCCAAAUUCAACAUCACAAGUGUAUUAUUGUUCACAACCGAAAUUGAAAAACAAAAACCAAGGAUACCAGUAGUUCCUAACACUUGAUGUAAUAAGUAACUUUAGAUUGCACCAAACAUGAUUUUUUCUGGGUAUUAUAUAAUUUGUUCUUGCAUUUAGGCAUUUUACAGCAUUUAAUUAUUUUACAAUGCACUAGAAUUUAUAAAGUCUACCAGGAAUAUUAUUAAAAAAUUAUGUUAACUAUAAAGAUUUUACUACCAUAGGUAUUAAUUUAAAAUCAUGAAUAUUGUCAAAUCAGUCUUUAAAUGGUUUUAUUCCUGAAUGCAGUAUUAUUAUUAUUUGAAAAUUUUCUGCCAUGUCAAUAUCCAAGGUCUUUAGCAGUGUAUCCAGAAUAUAGCAAUAGGAUGGGGCUUGGGGGUAAAGCCCCCAGAUAAGAUAGUUUGUUGGUUCACAAGGCAAUGUUUUAUAGAUUACCAGAAUGGUUAAUGAUUAAAAUAACAAAGGUCAAAUAGCCUUAUGAUAAAGUAUUGUGGUGAAAAGGGUAAAAUUAGUUAAUUAGAAUAUUUUCUAUUUAUUGAAAAUUUCUGCUGAAUGUAAGGUCAUUAGAAAUAUAUUCAAAAUACAAAAAUUGGGUGGGGCUUGGGAGUGAAGCACUAUGAAAAAGUAUUAUGGCAAAAAGAGUAAAAAUGAGUUAAUGAUUAGGAUAAGUGGAUAGAAGGGGAAGGAGAAGAGAAGGAAAAGGAAAGGGGAAGAAAAGACCAUGCAACAUUUCUUAAGGCGUGGGCUGAAAUCCUAGGCAGGGGUGAUCUAAAUUGAGUAUCAAUCUGUUUCUUAAGCCUCCUAACAUCAAAGAGCAUGGGGGCCUGAAGGCAGUAGUGUGAUUUAGGGGUGGAUAUACUCAUCUACUGAAAAAUUUGUGGAUUUCCAGAAUGGUGAAAACAAAUGUGAUAAGACAUCAAAAGUCUCAUAGCAUUUUCAUCAAGUAUUGUGGCAAAAAGGGUAAGAAUGCUUUGAUGAUUAAGAAAAGUUAAUAGAAGUGAAGGAUAAUGUAAAGGACUUCAAUUCUGGUACAAUUGCUGCUGACAUUUAUUGGACAUACAAAUUAUUGCAAAGGUUGUGGAUUAGGAAGGUACCAGUUAAAUAUUCUGCAGAUAGUCAAGUCUGCAAUCCUUGAUAAUGUCCUGCUUCACAGAAUGCAAGUGUAAUAUUCAAGAAUCUUCCAGUUGUCCCAUUCCAUGUGUAGUUCUUUUUGUGAGUAGGUUCUUGCAGGCUCAUACUACUAUAAAUUUGUGGAUUUUCUGUAAAUGAAAAAAAGAAAAGUGCAACCAGUAACUAGUUUGUGGUAAUUCACAAGUGUGAACAACCAAAUUUGCUGCUAGAUAUGAAUAAUGCCUAUCAAACUAAAUGGCAUGUUAAAGAAUGAUUGUAAGGUCAUGUGCAACUGACAUGAAAUCAAAUAUUUUUGUACUGGUGAAGCAAGAUCCCUUGUGAUUCUUGUAGUGUGAUGUAAUACAGAAUUUAUUAAAAUUUCCAUGUUAUA